CUUUUGUUUUAGUUAACAAGUCACUCUUGUAAUAUUUCCAGCUACUUUUAAAACAGUCAUUAGGUAAGCAAGCAUAUUUGAUUCCUUCGUUGCAUGUUCUCAGACACCUAGCAGGGAUUGCUCAAUCCACAUUCCCUGUCUAUGUAAGUGCAUUACAGAAACAGGGUUUUUUAGUUACAAAGUUAUGAUAAUUAAAUUGGUAAGUCACCAUUCCACACCAAGGCAAACCUCACAUGGUGGUCCCUAAAUAUUUACCUCUGGUCAAUUUAUGGGAAAAAUUAUGGGGAAAAAAUGCAGAAUUGUGUUAGGAAUUCUGCACAUAUCAUAAGUUACAUUGAACAAAAAGCCCCAUAAAGUUGAAUUUAUCAUAAACAUGCAGUUAAAUGAGAAAUAACUACAGUAUUGCUCUAUAAUCUCGUUCAUUUAUCAUAAAACUUUACUGUUUUUUUUAAUCCUGUAACAAAGCAGGGGACACUGUUCCAUUUUGAGGUUAUCCAAGUGAACAUCUUCUUUCCCUAGUAUGUCAGGCCUAAAGACACUUACAGUGAAUGGCAGUAUGCAAGAAGUUCUGCUUGAUAUCAGUGAAAACAUAUCGCAGGAGGAAGUCCAUGCCAUGAUGUUCCUGUGUGAAGGGAAAAUCACAACCCAGGACAAAGAGGGCAUCCAAUACGCCAGGCAGCUAUUCCAGUGCCUACAUAUGAAAGGGCACAUAACUCAGGAGGAUUUGUCACUUCUAAAAGAGCUGCUGUACAGAAUUAAGAGAAUGGACCUACUUACCAAUAAACUGGGAACAACAAAGGAGCAAAUGGAAAUAGAUCUUAAACAUUGUGUACAUAUCUCUUUAUACAGAGUACAGCUUUAUUACAUUUCAUUGGAACUGUCAAACAAACAAAUUGAAGAUCUGAAGUUCUUGCUGAAACUGAACAGAGAAAUUUCAAUGUUAGAAAUACUUUUAAAAAUGGAAAAAGAGGGGAAUCUGAGCCAAACCAGUCUUGGGAAGCUAAAAUACCUUUUAACACAUUUACGUCGUUUGGACCUAGUAAAGAAAAUAGAAGCAUUUGAAGAUGUAACAGAUCUGGAAUCUUCAUUAAAGAAGAUGUCUGUAGCAGAAAAGGAAAAGGGUCCAGGAGACAGCUGAAAUCCACAAGUUGCUGGCACAAGGGCCACAACUGAUACACAUGGAAUAUCAGUUGAUUCACUGAGAAGACUGCACAUGAGCCAGAACUUAUCAAAGGACCUUUUUAUGUCUUGUCAUUUCUCAUACUGAGCUUAUUACUCAAUGACAAAGUAAUCAUGAAUAGAGCUACAAGGGUUUUGACCACACCCUGAGACCGGAGUGGACGGUUGGAACAUACAGUAUGUUUCAACAAAUUCGAAGAAUAAUGUUGUUUAAAGCAAUAUGUCUACAGGUGAAUAGAAGGUGUAAUAAAUAAGUAAAAAGGUCAAUGAGAGGCAUAUAUUAAGGGUUUCGGGAAAGUUGCACUAUUACAAAUUUUGCACUUGCCAUGUUUCCUUAUUGUAGUGUUGUUACACUUCUCUUCAAAUGAUCUGCAGAUCAGAUUUGGUUCACUGGGACAUUUAAUAUAACAUUCUACUACAAGUCUAGUGUUUGUACAAAACAACAUAUAUAUAUAUAUAUGCAGGCACGUUUCAGGGCCCCGAUGCUGCCCCCCCCUCCCGCUCCGUACUUCUAACUUGUAGCGUUGGAGCAGGUCGAGGAGGGGCUGUUUUAAAAAAAACUGGCUGUUCCGUGCCGCCUGAGGCAAGAUUCUCACCAUGCCUCAUGGCCGGAGUUGCCCAGUGUAUAUGAUAUGUACUGUAUUUUAUGAGAUUCAAUGGCAUAAGCCUGGGUACAGAAUGUUUCUUACAAUUGCACUCUACUAUUUUAUUGCCAAACAUGCCUGCAAUGCUGUGUUAAAUACUCAUCAUUGAUGUUUUUAUGCAAUUUACAAUGCUGCCUUACUGUAAUUAUUGAGUUCUCUUAGAGUAAAAUGUUAUGGGUAUAGGUUAUUUUGCACAGAAGACCGUCAAUAUAUGUUUAUUUGUAUUUAUUAUUAUGAAAGUGGUUUUCCUCCACCUACAUGAUAUUACACAAUGCUGCAAAGUUUACUUUCUGUGCCAACAUCAAUAUGGAAUAUGCUGGACACCGUACCCUAAAAUAUUCUGUGCUUAUAUAGUGGUAUCUCUCUGUACAGACUUAAGGAGUUGUUCCUUAUAUAUUGUAUAAUGUUUUGUUUGGUGGAUUCCAUUAUGAUCUUAUGAUUAAGUGUGUUAAGAAUGAUUAAGAAAUGUGUAAGGCUAUGGUGUGUCCUACAGCUGUUGAAAAUAAAGAUCUACAUUUCUUUUA